CCGCAUCAUAUUAGCCUUUUUCAGGCCAACAGACGCCGCGGCAGCUCCAUACUCCUUCUUUCUUCUUAUUUGCCAUUGCAUUGCUAAAUCCCACUGAUGAAUGCAAACUAGCAUCUAAUAUCCGGUCCGACUAAGCGUUGUAAUGAUGUCGAACGAUGGCCUCGCCAUCAGCCACCCGAUGGCCGUGGCCGUGUUGCUGCUGCUAGCUUAUCCCCUAUUUAAUGUUAUCUAUAACCUCUUUCUCCACCCGCUCGCGCACAUUCCCGGCCCCAAGAGCUGGUCAGCCUCUCGCCUACCAUUCGUAUGGGCUUUGCUCAGGGGUACGAUCGUGCAUGACGUCGAAAGGCUGCAUCGGAAAUAUGGACCCGUCUUGCGAAUCGCCCCGGACGAGGUUACCUUUGCGAAGGCCGAAGCGUGGACCGACAUCUUUCAGGGUCGGCCAGGCCACCAGCAGUUCCUUAAAGAUCCUACGUGGUGGUCAGCACAGCCUGGUAUGCCAGAUUCCAUCAUCAAUGCCAUCAAGCCCGAGCCGCAUGCCCGCCUACGCAGGCUUCUCGCACCGGCAUUCACGCCCCGCGCACUGCGGGCUCAAGAAAACAUCCUGCAAAGGUACACCAACUUGCUGAUCGAGCGGCUGCGUGAGCGCGCCAGCGAGGCUGGAAAUGGGAAAGGCGCUGAGCUAGACAUUGCGCCAUGGUUCCACUACACGACAUUCGACAUCUUCGGAGACUUGGGCUUUGGAGAGUCGUUCGACUGCCUCCAGCACUCACGAUAUCAUCCCUGGAUCGCAUUACUUUUCAACAGUGUCAAGGCGGCUUCUUUCGUUGCCGCGGCGCGGUUUUAUCCAUUGGUGGAGUGGUUACUCAUGAAGUGUAUACCUCCUUCUCUCGAGAAGAUGCGGAACGACCACUACCAGCAGAUCGUAGAUAAAGUGCAGCGUCGGCUGAAUUGGGAGCUCGAGCGUCCGGAUAUCAUUUCGUAUGUCAUCAAAGAGACGGGCGAGCAAGCGGUCCCAUUCGGGGAAAUAAACUCGACAUUCAUGGUGCUGACGACUGCCGGGAGCGAAACGACGGCGACCGUUUUGGUUGGUACGUUGAACUAUCUCGUGAACUGCACAGAUAAGCUCUCCCUCCUUGCGAAAGAAGUGCGGACGACCUUCGAAAGUACGGAUAAGAUGACGCGCGAGGCGCUAAAAAGCCUGCCGUACCUCAACGCCGUUCUGAAUGAGGGUCUGCGGCUCUGCCCCCCGAUCCCCUGGAUACUCCCUAGGCGAGUCCCCGUGGGCGGUGACACUGUUUGUGGUAUGUGGCUACCUGCCGGCACACCCGUCUCCAUUCAAGCCUAUACUCUCAAUCGCGACGCAACCUACUUCCACUCUGCCUCAGAAUUUCUGCCAGAGCGCUGGCUCCCGGAAGCGAGCAACGACCCCAAGUCGCCUUUCUAUGACGACCAGCGCCAGGCUAUGCAGCCAUUCAGUGUCGGUCCGCGCGCCUGCAUGGGGCAACACCUCGCCUAGGCGGAGAUGAGGCUCGUGUUAGCGAAGUUGGUGUGGACGUUUGACGUCGAGGUGAUUGAGGGGAAGAAGGUGAAGUGGGAGGAGCUGAGGACGUUUCUGCUUGUGGAGAAGCGCCCUGUUGAGGUGAGGUUGAGGUUGAGGUCGAUGUAGAGACGCGGUGACUUUGAUAAGCCG